UCAGCAUAGUGUACAUCGAUAAAGUGACGAUCCAAGGCGCUCUCCCAUAUCACACUUACCCUUCUCACACUCGCGCACACGCUCCUCACCCACCAUCAUGGCGCUUCCAUCCAACAUAGACUUUGCCGUUCGAGCGACCGACGGGCUUCCCACCCUUCUCAUCUCCGAAGCGUCCAAAUCAUACCCCAAGCCAGAUGGCAUCAAAUUCACAUAUGGCACCGCCGGUGUCCGAACAAAAGGAGAUGUACUAGAAAGCACUUGUUUCAGAUUGGCACUCAUCAGCGCACUCAGAAGCAAACGAAUGGGCGGGAAAGUCGUCGGUAUGAUGGUAACUGCAUCCCACAAUCCCGAACCAGACAAUGGACUCAAAGCUGUGGAUCCACGAGGAGAGAUGCUGGCUUCGAACUGGGAGCCAUACUGCACAGAAGCAGCGAACGCCUUGACGGACGAAGAGCUAUUUGCAGUGCUGCAAAGGCUGAUCAAGGCGGACAGUAUCAACUUGCAGACUCCGGCAGUCGUCGUUUAUGCUCACGAUACGCGCCCUUCGAGUCCCAAGCUCGUCAAAGCCAUCGAAGCGGGUCUGGCCGCAAUAGGUGCAGAGGGACGCAACGGAGGUCUGCUGACUACUCCCCAACUGCACUACCUUGUCAAGGCCUACAACACUCAGAGCACUCCUGAUCCGUACGGAGAGCCCACGGAGGAAGGGUACUACAAAAAGCUUGCGGAUGCCUUCCAGAGGGCCAUCGCCGACAAGCCAGCUACCUCUCCCCUUACUGUCGACUGUGCCAACGGUGUGGGUGCGAUCUCUUUGCAGCGUUUCCAAAAGUACUUGCCUGCGUCGGCAUUGCAGGUGCGAGCUCUUCGCACAUCCAUCGAUACCGCCGGAGCGCUCAACAACGGCUGUGGAGCAGACCAUGUCAAGACGAAGCAGGCGCUGCCUUCUGGUUUCGAAAAAGAGGUCGCCGAGGGGGAGCGUCUGUGCAGCUUUGAUGGCGAUGCGGACCGCAUUGUGUACUACUACUUGAAUGGGCAUGCUUCGCAGAAGGAGAGCUUCAGAUUAUUGGAUGGCGAUAGGAUCGCUGCUCUCGUGGCCGAUUACAUCAGCGAACUAGUCAAGCGCGCAGGGAUAGCCGAUGAAAUCAAGAUCGGAUGCGUGCAGACCGCUUACGCGAAUGGAGGUUCGACAAAGUACUUGUCCCAGCGCGUACCGGUUGUUUGCACCUCUACGGGAGUCAAGCAUCUGCAUCACGCCGCCGAGUCAUUCGACGUGGGCGUCUACUUUGAAGCGAAUGGGCACGGUACCGUGCUGUUCUCCGACUCUGCCCAGUCACUGAUUCGCGGCAAGAUCUCCUCCAGCUCUCCUCAAGGUGAUAGUCAGUCCGCAUUGUCUCAACUAUCUAAUCUGAUCGAUCUCAUCAACCAAACGGUGGGGGAUGCGCUAUCGGACAUGCUGCUGGUAGAGGUGGUGUUGCGUCAAAGAGACUGGGAACCUGCGCAUUGGGACAGUCUGUACACAGACCUGCCGAACAAGCUGCUCAAGGUCAUCGUGCCAGAUCGCGCGCUCUUCACCACGACGGAUGCGGACAGGAAACUCGUCACGCCAGACGGACUGCAGCAAGAGAUCGACAAGCUGGUGGGCAAGUAUUUGGAGGGGAGAAGCUUCGUCAGACCUAGCGGAACGGAGGAUUGCGUGAGGGUGUAUGCUGAAGCGAGAAUCCAGCAGGAAAUGGAGGAAUUGGCCAACAAGGUCGCGAAACUUGUUACGGAUGCUGCAAAGAAUGCUUGAAAGCGCAUAUAGCCACGGUCACUGAUCGCACUCGUUGCAAUCGCAUCGCGUUAUCUUGUGACUGACUCCACGUCCGAUUGGGGGCUUUUGUGCUUUGCGCAGCGUGGUGAAUGCUUGACGUAUAACAUCGAAUCAACUACAAGCGGCGACCUGUUCCUAAUGAGCGACUCAAGUCG